GUCAGCGAUGAGGGUAACGUUACGUGAGACAAAAUGUGCGUAACUGUUGUUUCACCCGGACCUUUCAUGCGCACGGACCGUGUUCCGGUUUGCGAUGUCAGUCAUCUGUGCAUGCAGCGGAGUGUAGCAUCUGUCAAAGUUGUAGCUGUCGUCCAACUGAACGGGCACAAUGGGGAUCUUGGAGAAAAUCGCGGAAAUAGAGAGAGAAAUCUCUCGAACACAGAAAAACAAAGCCACUGAAUACCAUCUGGGUUUGCUGAAGGCCAAGCUAGCCAAAUACAGAGCUCAGCUCCUGGAGCCCUCCAAGUCAGCAGGGGCCAAAGGAGAGGGCUUCGAUGUCAUGAAGUCAGGGGAUGCUCGUGUUGCUCUAAUCGGUUUCCCCUCUGUGGGUAAGUCCACUUUCCUCAGUUUGAUGACAUCAACAGCCAGCGAAGCUGCUUCUUAUGAGUUCACUACCCUCACCUGCAUACCCGGUGUCAUAGAGUACAAAGGAGCGAACAUCCAGUUACUGGAUCUGCCAGGAAUCAUUGAGGGAGCUGCCCAAGGAAAGGGAAGAGGUCGACAGGUCAUUGCUGUUGCCAGGACAGCAGACGUCGUCAUCAUGAUGUUAGAUGCCACCAAAGGAGAUGUUCAGAGAGAACUUUUGGAGAAAGAGUUGGAGUCCGUGGGCAUCAGACUCAACAGGCUAAAACCGAAUAUUUAUUUCAAGCCCAAGAAAGGUGGCGGCCUCUCCUACAACUCCACAGUUCCACUCACCCACUGCUCAGAGAAGCUUGUUCAGCUCAUCCUUCACGAAUACAAAAUCUUUAAUGCGGAGGUUCUCUUCAGGGAGGACAGCACACCAGACGAGUUCAUCGAUGUCAUCGUUGGGAACAGAGUUUACAUGCCUUGCCUAUAUGUGUACAAUAAGGUGGAUCAAAUCUCCAUUGAGGAGGUGGACCGCCUGGCUCGCAGACCUAACAGUGUUGUCAUCAGCUGUGGGAUGAAGUUGAACCUGGACUACCUUCUGGAGACGUUGUGGGAAUACCUGGCUCUGAUUUGCAUUUAUACGAAGAAAAGAGGAGAGCGCCCAGACUUUAGUGAUGCCAUCAUUAUGCGAAGAGGAGCAAGUGUAGAACAUGUGUGCCAUCGAAUCCACAGAACCUUAGUCGGUCAGUUCAAAUACGCUCUGGUUUGGGGAACCAGUACCAAGUACAGCCCUCAAAGGGUCGGCCUAACACACAUCAUGGAGCACGAGGACGUCAUCCAGAUUGUUAAGAAGUAAAGACAAGCUCCUGACUGGACCGAGGAGAGACUGAGCAGGAGGAAGGACACUUCGGUGAAAGAGUUCAAAUAAUAUUCACUGUACAGUAGACACACAGCGAUGACAAAUUAGCCGGCAUUCUUAUUUUGUAUAUGAAAAUCAACAAAACACGUCUGGAGAGGGGGUCAGAGUUGAGCUGGUUGUGGGCAGGAAAUGGUGUGUUUUACCUUUUGAUAAAGAUCAAGAAGAUGCAUUGAUUCAAGGAGGAUUUAAAAAAAAAAAAUAAAGUCCAUAAAACUUUAAA